AUGCCUGAACAAGGCCUGCACCACCAGCACGGGUACUAUAGACAUACUGCGGUGUUGAGUAAGUUUUCGUUAGGGAAACUAUGCAGGGCACAUCGGUCUUCAGAUGCUGUGCCCGUUUUAACCUGCAAUAUAGGUCUAGAUGCCUUGCGUCAAUCAGAGCAAGAGGGCUUUGUUCGUGCCGCAAAUAACUUUUUAGGGAAUCACCAUUAUAAUCUUAUUAAAUACAACUCUAUCAUAUUAGACGACGAAGGCCGACAGGCACACUUGGAAGCAGAUCUGUGGAACGGGGAGACACUUGAAAAGUUUGUGUGGGAGACUCGCAAGGCACACAACGGUCUACCAGAGGCUGAUGUGUGGCUCAUUAUUGCACAGGUAGUGAGUGGGAUCCACUUUUUGUGCAGCACACACAACUCUGAUGAGGUCUUUGCAAUCCUUUCCCCACAGACAAUCAUCAUAUGUGAUAACUGCUGCCUGAAGCUAUGCGUGUAUGGUGAGUGGAUCAAGUACUGUCACACUCUCUAUAACGAUAAGACAACCGGGCAAUCUCUUAUUUUGGAUGAGCUACAUAGAUUGAUAUUAUAUUUGACCGGCAACCUUAUUGACACAUACAGUGGAGCUCUUCAGGACUUCUAUGCUGGCUGCAAGCACCAUAGUACCUCACUGAGAACCAAGACGCUUGGACUCAUAAGGUGCCCGGAGAUACAACAUGCUCUUGUCGUAGCCAGGAGCAACGCAGGGCUGGUGCUACGCCUACCACCCAGGCCUGUGCACCCUCACGCUACGUACCCAACAGAGGAACCGGGUGACGCUAAGGGCAGCAACAGCACAUCUCUGCGGAGCCCUUCAAGUUCUGAUGCAGAAGACGCUGCGUCGAUUGCUGAGUUCUGUGGUAAUGCAAAAGAUGCUUCGAUGCUGAUAGACAUGUAUUCGUCACCCGGUUGUGAUAUCGGGCUUCUUACUCUUGAGGCCAUGGUGUGUGUAGGUGAUCUGCAAGGAGUGAGAGAUGUCGCUUGGAUCAUGCUACAGCGUGGUCUGGUAUCUGAGGUGUUUCAGCUAGCACUCUCAAUGAAGAAUGGAGACAUAAUUGCUACAAUCAUAGACUUUGCUGAAGAACACAAACUGCGUCUGCGACUACCUGUGCAACAAGCAGUGUUUUCUGACAGCCAAACAAACCUCAUACGCGCAGCUCAAACUAAGGAGAAGGGCUUUCAGUUAUCGCAGGAAGAUAUGUCGGAUAUGGGGAAGAUAUACGGGUCCAAAACAAGCUGCUACUGUACGGCAUUGAUGACUGCGGCCUUUUACGGCAAUGAUGAGGCAGUGGUUCAGCUGCUCGGUGAGCUGGGAAUCUAUGACUACUAUGGUCUGACCGCACUUCAAUAUGGAUGCAUAAAUGCAUCGUGGUCUCGCCUACGAUACUUGAUUCCAGAGAUGAAAAUGAGCAGGGUGACAUGGCUGAUGGUUUAUGCAGCACUGGGAGACGUUGAUAACGUACAGAAAUGCAUCGAAGAACUACAUGGCCAAACACACUAUGGUUAUACUGCACUUAUGUUUGCAGCUAGCAACAAUCACAUUGAUUGCGUGAAGUUACUCCUUCAAGAGGCAGGGUCCAAGACCCAGAGUGGGCGGACAGCACUCAUUCUGGCUGCGCUACAAGGCCACGUGGCAUGUGUGCAGGCCCUGUAUCCUCUUGAAAAGGAUCUUCUGACGAAUGGUGGCGGAACCGCCUUGAUGGCUGCGGCCGAGGGACAAUCUCUGGAGUGUGGUAGGUGCCUUAUUAAACAGGCCGGAAUGCGAAGUCGGGAUGGAUAUACGGCUAUCAUGUGGGCCGCCCAGACCGGCUCUGCAGGGCUUGUGAAGUUGCUCUUGGAAAACGAGGCUGGUUACCAAAACAAGAGUGGCUGGUCUGCACUGAUGCUAGCAACCGUGAAUAAUCACUGGGAGUGCGUAGAGCUUCUUGCUCCUCGGGAAGCAGGACUACUACGGCCAGGAAAGCACACGGCUCUUAUGCUAGCUGCGGAAUGUGGAUACCACAAGUGCGUUGAGAUCCUCUUACCCUACGAGAAAAGAAUGCAGAACACAGAUGGAUAUACUGCUUUAAUGUAUGCAGCUGACGGGUGCCACGUAGAGUGUGUUUCGGCCCUUGCAAGGUACGAGUUUGACAUAAAAGACGCUGCUAAAAGAACGGCCCUCAUGCGCGUACGUAAGCGCGUAAGUGACCCCUCGUUCGCUAGAAAGGAUGAUGCUCAAGACUGCCUUGAUAUUCUCACUGAGUUACUAAAACCGAAGUCUAUGCUUCCAGAGAAUUUAAUGCCUUUAGCAGAUUAA